AGGAGUCAACAGAAAAAUUUGAAAAUCCUUCUGCAAUAACAUAUGAAGAACACACAACAAAAAAAUUAGAAAGUCCUUCUGAAAUGAUAGAUGGUGAGAAGUCAACUGAAAAAUUAGUUGAUUCUGUGCUAAUGGGAAUGCUGUCAACGGAAAAUAUAGAAAAUCCCCUUACACUGAUCAAUGGUGCCUUAUAA